AUGACUGGACGCUUAGAUAGACCCUCGGCACCCGUUUUGGUUAAUGCAAAUCAUCAUUCAAUUGAACUUGAAUGGGAACAUGUUCGAAUUCAAGAUCAAACUCGUUCAAGAAAUCGAAGAAUAUUUGAUGAAACAGGUGCAGCACAUUCAGGUUCUUUAAUUUAUCUUCAUCAACGUGAAAAAAAAAUUGGUUCAAUUUGGGAAAAUAUAUAUACAGGUUCAGCAUUAGGAUUUAAAAUAGAAAAUUUAAAACCAAAUACUCAAUAUGAAUAUCGUAUACAAUGUAAAUCCGGUUUGACUGGUGAACGUUCAGAAUGGUCUCCAAUAUUAUUAACAGCAACAACACCUGAACCAAUGAAUGGUGAAACAGUUUUCAAAGCUAUUGCUGUACCUGGAAAGGAGCAACUGGAAAAGUUACUUCAGAUUUUAGGACCAGAACAUCAUCUGUUAGAACAUCCAGAUAAAGAUGGAAAUUUACCUUUAAUGCAUGCAUGUGCUAAACAUGAUAUAAAUAAAGUAGAAUUACUGGUAAAAGCUGGUGCAAAUAUUAAUAAUUAUAUUAGUUCUGGAAAAACAGCAUUAAUGGUUGCAGCAAGUACUGGUUUUAGUAAAGCAUGCGCUUUACUUAUUGAAAAUGGUGCUAAUAUUUAUAGUAUUGAUCAAAAUGGUAUAAGUAUUUUACAUCAUGCGAUUGAUAGUAAAAAUUUUGACACAAUUUCUGUUAUUAUAAAACAAUUAAAUAAUGAGCCAGAUGAAAAAAUUAAAGACUUUGAAAUAAAUCGACAAGUUGGACCACAUAAAUGGACACCAUUGUAUCGAGCAGUAAUUCAUGAUUGUAAUAAAGAAAUAAUCGAGCUUCUUCUUCGUAAUGGUGCGAAUCCUGAAUGUCAAGAUAAAUCAACGUCUACAACAGCUUUACAAAUGGCUGUUAUUCGAGGCAAUCUAUAUACUACGCAACUUUUAGUUACUUAUGGAGCUAAUACAAGAGCAAUGAGCAAAGUUAGUGGCAAAACCCUUCAAGAAUUAGCUUCAUCAACAAAUAAAAUGGAUUUAAUCAAUUAUGUUAAUUCAUUACCAGGUGCUCCAAGAAUGUAA